AUGAACUAUGGAGCUGGACCAUCACACCUACCUUCUUCUUCUUCUUCUUCUGAUGAUGAUGAAACAUUUUCUCAUUACGUUGAACAAUUGGAGGAGGAUAUGAAACAAUGGGAGGAGGAGGAUGAAAUCUUAGCUCGUCUAUAUGCCUCUAACAAUAAAAUAAUGGCUUAUUUCUCUAAAGAGGAAGAGAGGCCAAAACGUAUCGGCUCAGUUCCUGGUCAUUUGGUAAUCAACCGUGGGAGGGAAGAAGGUAAUUCUCGACUCUACAAUGACUAUUUUUCUGAUAAUCCCACAUACGGUGCAAAUUUAUUCCGUAGAAGAUUCCGAAUGCAAAGGAGCCUUUUCCUUCGUAUCGUCGACGUUGUACGAGAGCACGAUAACUAUUUCGUACAGAAGGUGGAUGGUGUCGGUCGGCUUGGACUAUCUAUUUUACAAAAAGUAACAGCAACAUUUCGCAUGUUGGCAUAUGGUGCACCGGCAGAUAGUACCGACGAAUAUGUAAGGAUUGGUGAGUCAACUGUAAUUGAAUGUUUGAAGAAACUUUGCAGAGCAAUUGUAGAAGUGUAUGGAGAUGAAUAUCUUAGAUCCCCCAAUACUGACGAUGUUGCAAGACUGUUACAAAAAGGCGAAGAGCGGGGUUUCCCAGGAAUGUUGGGAAGUCUAGACUGUUCUAAUAACGAUAUUAAUGUAUUACAAGCAUCUAAUUUGUUUGACAACCUAACACAAGGUAUUACUCCUCCUGCUCAUUAUACAAUCCAAGGAAAGAAUUAUGAUGUCAGUUAUUAUUUAGCCGAUGGCAUAUAUCCGAAAUGGCCAACCCUUGUUCAAACCAUUUCCAAAUCCGAAGAUAAAAAGAAACAAUAUUUUGCAAUGAUGCAAGAAGCUUGUCGAAAAGAUGUAGAGCGAGCGUUUGGUGUUCUCCAGUCAAGAUUUGUUAUAAUCAAUGGCCCUGCACGGUUUUGGGAUAAACGAACUUUGCAUGAUAUCAUGACCACUUGCAUAAUAAUGCACAACAUGAUUAUUGAGGAUGAACGUGAUGAGCAAGAAGAUAUUGUCGUUUCUACUCCACCAUCAAUUUCAAAUGUUGAAGACAUAGGGAUGAACGAUGUGUUCCGACACUGGCCCGGCAUAAGAAAUUCAAAGACAAAGAAGCACACUUCGCACUUCGAAAUGCAUUAA